UGCUGCUUGCUUCUGCUCUGGGGAAGAUGGCGGAGGCUUCGGCUGUCCCCCCACAUCGGUUUUUCUGUCACUGUUGUAAGGGAGAAGUUAACCCCAAACUCCCGGAAUACAUCUGUCCAAGAUGUGAUUCGGGUUUCAUAGAGGAAGUCACCGAGGAUUCCAGUCUCCUCGAGGGCAGCGCAAACGGGAUAGAUGACACAGCCACACAGUUUGCAGAGCUAUGGCACCUUUUGUUACUGGAGCGGCCGUUCACAGCAGACAGAGACAGUCCCGACUCAGAACCUCGACUCCCAGGAGGACGUCUCGGGGGGUUCAGCGAUUUCGGGGGUCUGGGAGGUGGAUCAGUCGGUGGAUCUGUCCCAGCAGGUCUAGGAGGACCCAUGGGGGCCCUAUUAGGAGCCGGUGACCACUGGGGACCCGGGCGUCCACCUCGUCUACACAGCCAAAGGAGAUACAGGUCCAGAGGCAGCAGUAGGCCGGAUCGCUCGCCUGCUGUGGAAGGGAUUGUACAACAGUUUCUUGCUGGUCUCUUUGCCAACUCUGGGGUUCCUGGCUCCCCACCUCUGUCGUGGACAGGGAUGCUUCACUCCAACCCAGGAGAUUAUGCAUGGGGGCAGGGGGGGUUAGACGCUGUCAUAACUCAGUUACUUGGUCAGUUGGAGAACACCGGACCUCCUCCGGCAGAGAAAGAGAAGAUCUCUUCCCUCCCAACCGUCAGCAUCACUCAGGAACAAGCAGACUGCUGCAUGGAGUGUCCAGUGUGCAAAGAGGACUUCGCGGUGGGAGAACCAGUCAGACAGCUACCCUGUAACCACUUCUUUCAUUCAGACUGUAUAGUACCGUGGCUGGAAAUGCACGACACGUGUCCAGUGUGUAGGAUGAGUUUGAACGGAGAAGACAACAGCAGCCAGACCCCCUCAGAGUCCCCCUCCCUCUCCACGGACCCCCGCACACAGGAGAGAUGGUCCUUUUGAGACGCCCGCCUCCCUCAUCUUCCUGUCUCCAUCCUCACGUCCCACAGAACGCUUCAGUUUUCCUUCGAUGCAGUCAUCAUAAUCUGACUCUUUAUAUGUUCAGGUUCAGUUUUGAUGCCUUCUCUUGUUCCAGUCAUGCACCCGAAACGGACGUAACAAAUCAUCGUGGUUUGAUUGAUUCCCUUUGCUGACAAACCAGAGUAGAUCGAUGUUCUUCUCACCAGAGUUUCCUCGAUUUCUGCAAGUAAACUCCUUUUACGUUUCUUUAAACGAGCUGCUGGAAAACAAAAUCAUGGGAAACAACGUUGACCCCGAACACCUUUUACCAUCGUGAGAGAAACGUUUUGCUUUUUGUCGGGAAUUAUUUUAUUUUGUCUUUUUUGGGAUGAGUUGCUCCUCCAAGGUAAAUGAGCUCAUGUUGUCAACACUGUAGUGUUAAUAAAUAUAUUUUUAGGACAAACAGAAACCAAACUUAACUUAAAAACUCCAUCCAGUCUGAAUUUAUCAGAGUUCGUCCCUCCCGGUGUACAUAUUACAAACCGAUGACAACCCUCCAUUUUAGUCCGCUCAUGACUGUUUGAACAUUUUGAUUCACUUUUAAUGUAAAUAAUUUUAGUUCAUCAAUUUAAGAUUUGCAAAGUAAACGAACAGAACAUUGGAAAUGCAAAUGUGAAAUA